AUGUCCAAAGACUUGCAAAGAUUCAAUAUGCUGUUGCUGUACUGUUCUCGCUUUCAUCUCUGCGUCCUUGCAGCUCUCAUUUGUCUCGCCAUUGUGAGCGCACAGCAAGACUACUCUUGCUCUCCUGUCAGACCAUGCAAACUAGGAUGCUGCGGGAAGAACAAUGUCUGCGGUAUGGGGCCCUCCUACUGCGCCAGCGAGAACUGUACCUCGACCUGCGACGCAAAGAGCGAGUGUGACCCAGGCUGGGGCUCGCAAUGGAGUCAGCGGCAAAGCUGCCCGCUCAACGUCUGCUGCUCCAAGUAUGGUUUCUGCGGCACAACCGAGGAGUUCUGUGGCGAUGAAAAGGUCACCAAGCCGAGUUGUCCCGGGGGGACGAGCGCAAGCAAAAAGGUCAUUGGGUAUUAUGAGGGGUGGUCGACAAGUAAGAAGUGUAAUGGGCUCAAUCCGGAGGACUUGUUGAUGGGGGCGUACACGCAUCUCAAUUACGCGUUUGCAUUUAUUGACCCAGAGAGCUAUAAGAUUGCCAAUAUGCAGGACUCUGACGAGGAGUAUAUGCCGCGCCUGACGGCACUGAAGAACUAUAACCCCAGUCUUGAAGUUUGGAUUGCCAUAGGUGGCUGGAGCAUGAACGACCCCGAUCAACCCACGAGGCGGACCUUCUCCGAGCUGGCGGCAUCCAAGUCUCACCAAGAUGUAUUCUUCGAGUCUCUCCUCUCCUUCAUGGACAAGUAUGGCUUUGACGGGGUAGACAUUGACUGGGAGUAUCCUGUAGCAGAAGAGCGCUCCGGCGCCCCCGAGGACUUUGAAAACUAUGUAUCCUUCCUCAAGAAUCUCCGGGCUGUGUUGGGAAACCGAGGGCUCACCAUCACCCUCCCCGCCUCGUUCUGGUACCUGCAGCACUUUGACAUCAAGAACAUGGAGCCCAUUCUCGACUGGUUCAACAUCAUGAGCUACGACUUGCACGGCACCUGGGAUGGCACAAACCCUUAUCUGGGCCCAUACAUUAAUUCACAUACGAACCUCACCGAGAUCGACCUCGCCAUGGAGCUCCUUUGGAGAAACGACAUAGACCCCAAAAAGGUCGUCAUGGGAAUGGGCUUCUACGGCCGCAGUUUCACUCUCUCAGACCCAGCAUGUAACACUCCAGGCUGCGGCUUCUCAGCAGGUGGCAACCCGGGUAAGUGCUCGGCGUCGGCAGGGAGCUUGAUGUUCUCUGAGAUUCAGGAGAUUAUCGAUGCGGGCGGCGCCAAAGUGACGAACGACGAGAAGGCUGGCGUGCAGAUGGUGACCUGGGACACAAACCAGUGGGUAUCGUACGACGAUGACGAGACUCUCAAAGCUAAGAUGGAGUACGCCAACGAGCUCUGCCUGGGCGGAGUGAUGGUCUGGGCAGCCUCGACAGACGACCACAAAGGCACCGCCAUUCGAGCCCUAGCCAAGGCCGCGGGGCGCACCGACCUGACUGUCCCUGUGCUCGCGGCAAAGGCCAACAACGACCCAAGCCAGUGCGUCUGGGGCGAGUGCGGCGCUGACUGCCCUUCAGGGUUGAUCCCUGUCGAAGAGUCCUCGAGCAACAAGAACCCGCUAGGGAUUGAGCUGGGCUGCAAUCAAGGAACUCGUUACUUCUGCUGCCCAUCCAAGAGCCCGCCGACCUGCAAAUGGAAAGGCAGUCCCAAGUUCUGUGGUUUGUUAUCCAAGAAUCGCUGCACCGACGACGAAAUCGAGGUUUCGGCCAGCACCGAGGGCUGCUGGACAGGCCACAAGUCGCUCUGCUGCACCAAGACCGAGUCCACUGACGUCCUCGAUGCCUGCAAGUGGUUUGGUGCCGCCCCCAUCUGCGCUGCCAGUGCGUUCUUUCCUUCACUCCUUGGCCCACUAGGUGGCGCCUUCUCCUUCCACUCCUACGGCUGCGACGACGAUGACAACCGCCCCAACGAACUCACAAAGGCCAAACAGGGGCAGGGCGGGCAGCAAAGCUGCACCUAUAACGGCGGAUUCAAGAGCUUCUGCUGCGAGAACCCAACGCCGUGGAAGGACUGCAAAUGGCGCGCCGGAAACACGGCUUGGGUGCAAUGGGAGAACCUCCUCUUCGGGCCUAUUGGGGCUCUCUUCUUCGACUUCUCAACGGACUGCAAGACGGGCUGCGAGCCUGGCGAGACAACUGUUGCCACGGACGGUUGGGGCUGUCGAUCAGGUACUUAUUCGUACUUCUGCUGCGCGGACCCCAACCAGCCCGCCUCGCCUGACCUGCCAGAUAUCAACCUUUGCUAUGGCCCUAACCACCUUGAUAGCCUAACCAGUGACUUGGAGGGAGAGUCUAACCUGCCCAACGUCUACGAGGAGGAGACUGUGUUUGAUUACGGCUGCGGAACCGAUGACCUGACAGCACUCCUGAAGGGGAAAAGAGGCACCGAAGAUGUGGCUUUUGCAUCCAACUUAUCCCAGCUAGCCGUCCUAGAGACAUCCCCCUUUCUCCUUGAAGAACACGAUCUAGUACCCCGUGGCGCUCGCGAGAGGAUCGCAAUGGCUCUCUGCGGUCCCAAUGGGCAAAGAUCCAGCAUCUGGGUGCAGCAGUACCCCGGCGCGUCCAGCAUUCUGCUCGCAACUGGUCGAGCCUGGACAGUUGCCAAACAGGGUCUCUGCGCCGCCGCUGGGAUAACCAGCCUUAGCACGCUCGCCAGUAACACAGACUGGGUGACUGAACACGUCCUGGAGAAGCAAGAGUUCCGCAACGCGCUCGAGUACAUGGCAGCCGGACAGACCCCGAGCGGGACCAUGUUGCGCUCCGGCGCCGUUCCCUUCGCGCAAGUCUUCGGCAACAACGGUAUCUUCCAGCAGAGUUGGCCUACUGUGACAUACCCGACUCUGACCUUUACGCACAACUUGGUGGGAAACAUCAAUGAUUUCUUCACAGGCUUGCUAGGCCGCACGAGCGAUCCAGGCCUGUCGAAUCGAUUCAUCGAGAACCUCCAAGUCUGCGACCGCGACUUCAACGUAUACAAGGAGUAUAUGGUCAAAGGGGCGGACUUUAUCUCGCGGACCAUGUGGAGUAACUACAACCCGCAGGAGCGGGUGGUAGCGGCAUUCAGUUCGACGUAUAAAAAUAUCGCGACCAUGUUCAAGGAUCUAACGCGGUAUGCGGCGACGCAAGGUAUCACGUAUGACUUUGAAGAUGCCUGGAAGCAGAUCAUGCCGGAUUAUCUGAACUGGCAAGUGGAGAGAGUGAGAGACACCUUCGAGACAUAUGUAGACGAGGAGAUCCUGUAUUGGGCGAGCAGUCUGGCACAGAAUACUUACGCGCCGCUGGUGAUCAAGGAAAUGAGCGAUCUGUUGCAGGAUCUGAAGACGAAUAUGAACACACUGCUGGCCUUGCCGGUGACACAGAUGACCAGCUAG